AUGGCAGCCCCCUAUGGCAGCCCCCUAUGGCAGCCCCCUAUGGCAGCCCCCUCGCUGGGGCAGCCCCCUAUGGCAGCCCCCUAUGGCAGCCCCCUAUGGCAGCCCCCUAUGGCAGCCCCCUCGCUGGGGCAGCCCCCUAUGGCAGCCCCCUAUGGCAGCCCCUCGCUAUGGCAGCCCCCUCGCUGGGGCAGCCCCCUAUGGCAGCCCCCUCGCUGGGGCAGCCCCCUAUGGCAGCCCCCUAUGGCAGCCCCCUAUGGCAGCCCCCUAUGGCAGCCCCCUCGCUGGGGCAGCCCCCUAUGGCAGCCCCCUAUGGCAGCCCCCUCGCUGGGGCAGCCCCCUAUGGCAGCCCCCUCGCUGGGGCAGCCCCCUAUGGCAGCCCCCUAUGGCAGCCCCCUCGCUGGGGCAGCCCCCUAUGGCAGCCCCUCGCUGGGGGCAGGCUGGGGCAGCCCCCUAUGGCAGCCCCCUGGCGCUGGGGCAGCCCCUAUGGCAGCCCCCUAUGGCAGCCCCCUCGCUGGGGCAGCCCCCUAUGGCAGCCCCCUAUGGCAGCCCCCUAUGGCAGCCCCCUCGCUGGGGCAGCCCCCUCAACCCAACCCCUCUGAUUCAGAGGGGUUGGGUUGA